CGACAUUUCACAAUGUCCACAUACAUAUUGGUUUGUUACAUGUAUGCCAUGGGCUGAAAAGCUUUGGUUUUCAUUUCGGAGUAAGUGAUUUUCUUUAUUCUAAUAGAUGAAAUGGCUUCUAGAUUUUGUAUUGCGGGAGCGAAAACGGGAACGGAAGCCAGAGCUGGAAUGCGGGGAUGGAGAUGUGGAGAUAGUUUGGGGAUUAAGUUGAGGAGUGAGAUGGCGAGAAGUUUGGGAGGUGGAGUGAGAGUUGGGAGUGCAAUGAGAAUCAAAGUUGAGAUUGCGUUUGGAAUGCGCUUUCAAAGGAGAGGUCUUUUGACAGAGAGUUAUAGUGCUGGACCUAACGAGCCGCCACUUCUCCAGCAUACGAUUCCCCAGCAUUUCCGCAGCAUUGUCAACGUUCAUGGCGACAACCUUGCACUCAUAUCUCGCUCCCAAAAUAUAAAACUUACCUAUCGAGAGUUGGAUGAGAAAAGUAACGUUAUAGCAUAUGGGUUGAGGAAUCUGGGGGUGCAGAAGGGAGAUAGGGUAGCUGUUAGUCUAGGGAACGGAUGGGAGUUUGGAGCAAUCACUUAUGCAAUUUGGAAAUUGGGUGCUGUAUUGGUACCGUUGAACCCAGCAUUCAAUACGAAACAAGUGGUGUCGGCCUUAAACCACUUGGCAGCUUCACACCUGAUAAUUGGCCAUGAAACACAUUUACCGUUCAAGCCCCCUAGGGACAAUACACCUUUACUGAAAGAUAUCAUUGGGGAUCUCAGGCAACUCGUAAAUGAAUGGAAGAGUGAAGCUGUUCCAAGUUUAAAAAACGUUGUUCUAGUGAAAGAUCCGAAUGAUGAACUUGCGGAUUUUCCAGCUACAAUUAAUUUUCAAACGAUGAUAUCGAUAUAUGGAUCAGAUAAAGAGAGAAAAGUCAUUCCAAAUCAGGAAUUGCAUAAAGAUGAUGUAAUCAAUAUUCAAUUCACAUCAGGUACAACUUCGACGCCUAAAGCAGCUUGCUUGACACAUCAUUCAAUUCUCAACAAUGGCUAUUUUAUCGGCUCUCGUAUGGCUCUCACACCAUCAGAUAUAGUCUGUUGUCCACCCCCUUUAUUUCACUGCUUCGGUUCUAUCCUCGGAUAUAUGGCAACCGCUACUCAUGGCAGCACAAUUCUGUUUCCUUCUCCCGCUUUCAACCCUUCGGCAACUCUUCUGAGCAUUCAAGAAAACAAAGCCACUGCCCUUUAUGGAGUUGCCACUAUGUUUCUCGCCGAACUCGAACUUCUUUCUACUGGUACUAUUCCUCAUACUGGCUUUGAACAUUUACGCACAGGUAUCGCAGCUGGUUCUUCCGUUCCUAAAUCCUUGAUGGAAAAGCUUCAUAAACAAUUAAAUCUUACCGGUUUGACGAUUUGCUAUGGGAUGACGGAAACGAGCCCAGUGUCUUGUAUGACGACUCCUACUGAUCCAAUGGAAAAGCGAGUCAAUAGUGUGGGGAAGCAAUUACCUCAUGUAUCUACCAAAAUCAUCUCACCCUCUGAUUCCAAUAAAGUUCUCCAAAUAGGUCAACGUGGUGAAUUGGCCGUCUCGGGAUAUUUGGUCAUGAAAGAAUAUUAUACAGACCCAGAUCGCACAGCAGAAGUCUUGAUCACUGAUAAUGAUGGGAAGGUUUGGAUGAAGACGGGCGAUGAAGCGAGUAUGGAUGAGGAAGGAUAUGUCAAGAUUACAGGGAGAAUCAAAGAUUUGAUUAUACGGGGAGGAGAAAACAUCCAUCCACUUGAAAUCGAAGAUUGUAUCUUUGGUAUGGAAGAUGUGAGGGAGGUUAGCGUGGUUGGAGUUUCCGAUCACAAAUAUGGAGAGGUAGUUUGUGCGUGGAUUGUACCUAGACAGGGUGUGAGUCGAGGGCCGGAUGAUGCGGGAGCGGUGAACGAUAUCAUGAGCUGGGAAGCUUAUGACAAGCUUGUGAAGAUGGGAAUUCGUACCAGCAACCAUACUGAAGGCUCUAAUGCAGAAGCCGGAGCUAAAAUCACAGAGGGAGAGAAGAGACUAAACCCAACACUUACUAAAGAAGCAAUUCGACGCCAUGUGAGGACACAUUUGAGUGGCCACUUGGUUCCUAAAUAUAUCUUUUGGAUGGAUGAGUAUCCGAAGACGGCUAGCGGGAAGAUUCAGAAGUUCAAGUUGAAGGAGAGGGCGGAGUGGAUUAUUGGGAAUGCAGGUGAAUAGUAAGACAGAGGUUAAUCGAUAGAUUAGACAGAUAUCUGAAUUCGGAAAACGAAAUUAGAGUCGUGGUUUUGCAUGAGUACUCCUUCCUAUCUCACCCUACCAUCCAAAUCUAUACUGGUCAAUAUUCGGUCUACCAAUGUAAUUCAUUCUGUCAUCUCUUCUUCAUUGUUAUUUUGUCCAUCUGAUUCGAAUCUAUGAUAAGAAAUUGACCGAAUAUAUGGUGGUCGUGAGGAUAUAAUCGUACUAGAUAACUGUGGCUCUUGAUCUCAAGUAUACAAUUCAAGUAUACGUGGAUUAGAGAUCCUCUUCUCGAGCGAGUGUCUCGGUCGGCAUUACUAUGCACGAUACUUAUUGAGAAGAAAACUUCCCUUCUUCGUCGAUGUCGUUUACAACAAUACAAUCUCACAUACCCUCAAGAUUUCCAUCCCGCCACACGGAAGAGAAACCUCAAACAUCAAACCUCAAGCUAUAUCAUCGUAAGUUUCAUCAACCCAGCACAAUCUAACACCUAUGCAUGUUCAAAGAUAAUCCACUCCCCCGCCGAAAGAUUCCACAAGAUUAGGAAAUGUAGCUUGCAAUUUCAAUAUCAGACCCGCAAG